CCCCACCUGGCCAUUUCGUGUGAUUUGAGAGAAGCAAAAAAGCAGAAGAGGAGGAACUUGCUGUUGUGAUUUGACAUGCACGUGAUGCUUCCUUCUCUCCACACUCCACGCACCCACGUGUGUCUUCUUGUCUUGUCUUGCUUGUGAAUGGUCUCUCUGUGUCUGUGCGUUGUAUUCCCUUCCUUCCUUCUUUCAUCCACACUCCCUUCCUACCACCGUCUCCUUCCUUCCCAGACGCAUGGCGUCCGUCCUGCGAGCAGCGCCAGUGCUGGUGCUAGUGCUGGUGGCAGCAGCAUGGAACCGAUGUAACCUUCAGCAGCAUGCAUGCCCCUGCAUGUGCGCGGCAGAGGUGGUGUUUGCGGAGGAUGAUGCCGGCGCGCUGCACAUCAACACAAGCGACCCAAUGAGCCAGCCCGUGCUGGUCAACGGCGUGAACAUGGGCGCAGUGUUUGAUGCGGUGGCGGCACAGCAGAGCAUGCUUCAGGCAUACCAGAGCGUGAUGGACACGCAGCAGAGCAGGAUCAGCAUGCAGCAAAGCAGGAUUGCGAUGCAGCAAGACAGGAUCGCCGCCCUGGAAGCGGAGGUGUGCAGCCAAAAGAUGCAAACGCACACGGUGGGGCAAUUGCAGUCCUCGCAGUCGGCGCAGUGGCUUGGCGGCGUUCUGGCGAACAACAGCGGCGUGAUCUACGCUGCCCCGUUCAAUGCCGAUUCUGUCCUCCUUAUUGACACGACUACAAACACGGUCGACGUCACCAGCAUCGCGGGUUUUACGUCCGGUGGCGGCAAGUGGGCUGGGGCCGUGUUGGCGGAGAACGGGCUGAUCUACAUGUUUGCCGCUUCUGCCACAAGCAUGCUCGUCGUCGACCCCGAGACCAAUACUCCCGAUACCACAAGCAUCCAGGGGCUUGAUUCCACGUCCAACAAGUGGUACAGCGGCGUGUUGGCGGAUAAUGGGCUCAUCCUUGGCGUCCCGUUUGCAGCAGAUUCUGUGCUGAUUGUCGACACGACAAAAAACACAGCAGACACCAGCACCCUGAGCGGGCUGAGCGGUAGAAACAAGUGGUACGGCGGUAUGCAGGCAGCCAAUGGCCUCAUCUACUGCAUCCCGUGCAGUGCGACGUCCGUGCUCAUCAUCGACCCCAUCGCGCUCACGCUCGACACCAGCACCAUCCAAAACCUCAGUUCACAGUCGUUCAAGUGGUACGGAGGCGUGCUGGCGAACAAUGGGCUUAUCUUCACGAUCCCCUCCACAGCAGACACAACGCUCGUCAUCAACACGGCAACCGACACCACGGACACACUGGUUGUGUCAGACGUGACGGCAGGGGGCAAGUGGGUCGGCGGGGUGCUGGCGCCCAACGGAAACGUCAUUGGCAUCACGCACGGCGCAACAGCGGUGUUCAUCUUGGACCCUGCGAGCAACACGACCGACACCAGCACCCUCGCUGGCUUCGCGGGGGAUAAUGCGAAGUGGAUGGACGGUGUGUUGGCUCCCAACGGCCUUAUCUACGGUAUCCCCCACAACACCGACACCGUGCUCGUCGUCGACCCGGGAUGCUGAUGCCUUUGAUUUUGAUAUUGGUGUUGAUACACAGGCUCGGUGUUGGAUGCGUGCGUGUGUGUGUGUGUGUGUGUGUGU